AUGUCGACGAAGGCCCCCGACGCUUGGUCCAAGCUCGCUCCGACAUGGAGAAGCCAGGCUGUGAGCGUUUUACAGCAAAGUGGUAUUGACUCAGCACGACAAUUGAUCUCUGAGGUGAACAAAAUUGCACCUUUUGCGAAGGCCGAAGCCAUACACGACAUCGGCUGCGGCAAUGGUACAGUGAUUAGCGAACUCCUCAAAGAAUAUGGCUCCGACCUUCCCGACUCAACCCAAAUUGUCGCCUCCGAUAAAUCCACAAGUAUGAUUGCUGAAGCCGAAGAACAACAGAAGCAUUUUGUUCAAGAAGGCAACAAAGUGUGGUCUAAACUGACCAUAAAAAUACUUGACGCAGCUGAUAUGCACGAAGUUGAGGAUGAGACUUUCACGCAUAUCCUUGGUGGCAACAUGAUGUAUGCUGUCUCCGAUUAUGAAAAGGUCGUCUCAGAAGUUAAGAGGACGUUGACAUCGGGUGGUGUUUUUGCCUACAGCGUGAACGCUGACGCACCUUGGAUUAAGCUCAUGGGCCUAGUUGCCCAGGUUCGCCCAGACAAGGUUACGCCAUACCCCCCCGCCAUCUGGCACACUGAAGAAUCAUGUGUGAGUAUUCUUGAGAAAGCGGGAUUUACAGAGGUAGUUGGCAAAACGAUUCCCAUUUAUAUGCAAUACGAUAGUCCUGAAGAUAUCGUCGAAUAUUUAACAGAGGCAUUACCAUGGAUGGGGAGAAUUCGAGAUGGAAUGACAGACGAGGAGAUCAAGAGGAGCAAGGAGAUUAUGGCUGAUCACCUUAGAAAGGAGGGUGCCACCAACUCCAUGGAAGGAAAAGCUGUUUUUGCCAUUGGAAAGAAGUGA